UGCUUCCAUACUAAAUCCCUUUGAAUAUAGAAAUCUAAAUUCUCAUUUAAAGUUCCCGGUGUACUGAACACAGUUGAAUGUAUGCAUCAUUUAGGGAAAAUGUGCUUUAAAUGUGACAAAAAGGAUUUGUGUGGAUGCAGAAGUCAUCCGCGCGUGGCCCCCGCGCGUUCAUCGGGUCUUUUGGUGAUUCUGUUUUUUCUAAAGCAAAGGUUAAAGUGGGGGGGUCAGAGGCUGGGUCACGGCGGGGCUGUCCGGCCUCGGGUAUUGUUCCAUGUGGGCUCGGUGGGUGGACGCUCCGUCCUGCUGCCUGUUGUUCGGCCGCUCGGCCAAUGGGAGCCCGGCUGGCGCUCAGCCCCGGUCCAAUGAGAGCGGCGGGGUUCGGGCUCGCACCGAGGGUUGGGUUGUUCAAUCUGCGAGGAGGACAACAAGCCGCAGCGCCGAGCGCACCGGAUAGAUGGAUGCUGGCGACGGGAGCCGCUCCCCCGCGACCGGAUCACCCCGAUGAAGUGAUCGAUUCCGCGAAGGCCCGCCGCAGAAGCGCUCCGGUCGGCCGUUCCCCGCGAGUUUCCCGGCUGAAGGUGGCCAUGGCUGGUGGAGCGAGCCGUCCCUGCUGAUCUCAGAGCUGCAGGUGGCGCUCCAUCCCAAACCUCGUCGAGGCCGCCACUUUUCCAAAUGAGUUGCUGCUCGGCUGCAGGACGCGGGUCCCGCCGCUGAGGCCACAUGUGCAUCUGGAGAGAUGGAUCGCUGUAAGCACGUGGGACGCCUGCGUCUGGGUCAGGACCAUUCCAUCCUCAAUCCGCAGAAAUGGCGCUGUGUGGAAUGCAGCACGACAGACUCGGUGUGGGCCUGCCUGAAGUGCUCCCACGUGGCCUGCGGCCGCUUCAUGGAGGAGCACUCGCUCAAACAUUUCCAGGAGUCGCAGCACCCGCUGGCCAUGGAGGUGCGGGAGCUGGACGUCUUCUGCUUUGCCUGUGGAGACUAUGUUCUCAAUGACAAUGCAGAGGGGGACCUCAAACUCCUCCGGGGGGCGCUCUCCACGGUUCGGGUCCCGGGCCGGCGCUCGCUGCGCUCCUCAACCGGCGGGGACUGCACCCCCUGGGUCGGGGAAGGCGGGCCGCAGCCGGCCAUGCAGCUGGCCGUGCGCCACAGGAGGAAGGCGCUUCUGGGGAAAAUGCUUCAGACGUGGAUCGGCAAACACCAGGAGGUGCAGAGUCGGCGCAGAGAGAAACUGGAGGAGGCCAGGAGACAAAAGAAGGAGGUGAAACGAAGGCUGAUGGAAGAACUCGGUAGUGCUCCUCCCAGAAAGAGUGCCAGGCUUCUAACUCAGGGGCCGCGGUCCACCGUCACACUCAUUCCUCGCAAGUUUCGCGACCCCCCAGAACGUCUACCUCCUCCUCCUCCUCCUCCUAAGAAGCCUUCGCUCCUCGCCGUGUCCCGCAAGGCUCCUCGGAACGGCAGAGCAGCUAAACUGAGGAGGUAUUACUCCACGCACGCGGCGAGCCGGCGGAGAAUCGCUCCAGGCGUCACCGGCCUGCGGAACCUGGGCAACACGUGCUACAUGAACUCGAUAUUGCAGGUGCUGAGCCACCUGCAGAAAUUCAGGGAGUGCUUUCUCACUUUGGACCUGUGUGAGACCGAGGAGCUGCUGGCCAAGACCAACCACUCCCCGCCGGUGACGGGGGCUGUUGUCGGCGGCGGGAACGCACUGCUGUCGGAACGCCCUCUAGGAGCCACGGAUAAGACGGGUUGCUGGAAUGUUCCAAUAGGGCAAAAGGAGAGCGCCCCGCCUCCCUCCAAGUCGGCGGAGUUGGUCCAACCCAAGGAGCCGCGCUGCUCCGCCCGCCAGAAGAUGUCUCUGUGCCACGAGUUGCAUACACUUUUCAGGGUCAUGUGGUCCGGGCGGUGGUCCCUGGUGUCUCCCUUCGCCAUGCUGCACUCGGUGUGGAACCUCAUCCCGGCGUUCCGGGGCUACGACCAGCAGGACGCCCAGGAGUUCCUGUGCGAGCUGCUGGACAAGGUGCAGCAGGAGCUGGACACGGAGGGGUCCAAGCGCCGCAUCGUCAUCCCCAUCACCAAGAGAAAGCUGUCAAAGCAGGUGCUCAAAGUCCUCAACACCAUCUUUCACGGGCAGCUACUGAGCCAGGUGACUUGUCUGUCCUGUAAGCACAAGUCCAACACGGUGGAGCCGUUCUGGGAUCUGUCCUUGGAGUUCCCGGAGCGCUACCACAGCGCAGACAAAGGCUCCGCCUCCACGGCCUUCCACCGCAGCUGCACCCUCACAGAGAUGCUGUCCAAGUUCACGGAGAUGGAGGCUCUGGAGGGACGCAUCUACGCCUGCAACCACUGCAACAGAAGAAGAAGGAAAUCCUCCCACAAACCCUUAGUUCUGUCAGAAGCCUGUAAGCAGCUUCUGAUCUACCGUUUACCUCAGGUUCUACGGCUGCACCUUAAACGCUUUCGAUGGUCUGGGCGGAACCACAGGGAGAAAAUCGGCGUCCAUGUGGCCUUUGACCAGGUUCUGAAGAUCCAACCGUACUGCUGCACAGACUCGGGUCACUCUGUCCACAGGGGGGGCUACGUCUACGACCUGUCUGCUGUGGUCAUGCAUCACGGCAAAGGCUUCGGCUCAGGGCACUACACCGCAUACUGCUUCAACACCGAGGGGGGGUUCUGGGUCCACUGCAACGACUCGGAGAUGAGGGUCUGCAGCGUGGAGGAAGUGUGCAACACUCAGGCCUACAUCCUCUUCUACACACAGAGGUCUGCCUAGGUGCCUCUGGCUGCCACGGCAACCUGAGGGCUGCGUUUUCCGCUGCAAAACGUUCGGUUCUCAGAAGCCACCAGUCAGGAACUUUCCAGCAGCAGAAGCCACAACGGUUCCAGCUGUUUCUCAUCUUUAUUUGUGAAGCAGAUGCUGAAAGGCUUUUCAGAAACGAGGCCUCUGGUCUCAGGUGUUCGGCCUGAAGACGGCGGGGGCGGGUUCUGCCCCGCACGGCCGAACCCGGCGCUCCCCGUCAAGAAGCUGUUCCUGACACGGCUCCAAACGUCAGAGAGGUACUGGACUCUAAUCUCUAAACUCAGAUCUGAAUGAUGAUGCCACCUGAUUGGCUCUUUCCACUCUGGAGAAGCGUCACGAGUGGAGGCGGUUCCUCCUCUUCCUCGUGUCGUUGACUGUAUCUGAGAACUGGACCGGGUGAGCGCGACCCUUAGAAAACAACUCCGACCACAUGAAGUCGCUUCAGUCGCGGAUGGCGCCAUGUUGGAGCCAGAUGUCAUCGGUAAGCCCCGACGGGUCUAAGCUGGUCUCAUUGGCUCAUUGUUUCUACGGCAACCCCUCUGGCCAAUCAGGAGGGAGCUUGUUGGAAUUCCACACCCCUACCACUUGAAAGACCACCUACUUUUACUGCUGAGGCGUCUGAUUAUAACUUGCUCUGCGGCAAAAUAUCAGGAAAAAAGAAUUAGCAAAAGAAAAUCAAGAAUGGUUAUUCCAACCAAUAGAAUGUGGAUUUCUCCAUAGAAGUCUAUGGGAUCCUGUUUGGUGGGAGGGGUCCCUCAGUCCAGUUCUCACGUACAGUCGACGGUUCUUUGCUCAGAUGUUCUGCUGUGACUGGAUACUGUGUCUUCUGCUCCAGACUCCUGGAACCGAAGAGCUUCUGGGUCUUUUUGUGGUUUUUCUUCUCUUGGUUUCCUGUGAAAAGGUUGGAGGUUCAGACACACUGGUGUUGAAAAAAAGCUGCACUUUGGUGGAGGAGCUGCCGCUCCGGUCCUGCUGUUACGUUCAGCUCACGCGUUUCAUUCAAAUGGCAGCUCCUCCUGUGGUUAAGCGUCCAGACCGCUCUGAGCAGGGAUCAGACGCCUGCAGAAGAUGAAGAGUGAAAGAGCAGAAGCCGAUCCUGAAGAAUGUUGUUUUCUUCUUCUUCUACUUUUUUUUUUUUACCUUUAGUCGAGCACCCAAAAGCAAUAUAUUGUGGAUUUUUCAUUUGACAGGAAAUGGAGAUAAAAUCAGGAAUUCUUCUGCUUAUUCUGAUGUUUUUUCUACUCUGCUGUUUCUAUCGAGGUCUUUAGAAUUUGCUAGCUGAUCAAAAAACCGUCGUGUUUGAUACGAGUCAAAUGCAAACGGCAUUUGUGAACUCUGUGAAAGUUGGAACAAUCUAAUGACGAUGAAUGUCUCACUUUAUGGAGGUCAUUUGUGGCCUUGCCACUGGCUCUGUUCCCUUUGAUUUGUGUCUUGUACUGUAAGAAUACAUGUCAUAAAUGUAUUGUUCGUACGGGUUUUGCCUGGCGAUUAAUAAUAAAAACAACAAAUAUCCACA